AGGAGCAGGUGUGACACAGAGAGGCUCACAGAGGCUCACAGAGGACACAUCAAGCUUACACACACAGUGUCUGUGUAGAGGACAUGGCAGCCUACAGUGUACUGAUCACAGGAGCAAACCGAGGCAUCGGUCUGGAGCUCGUGCGACAGAUCACAGAGACUCAGAGACCGCUCAGUAAAGUGUUUGCCUGCUGCAGAGACCCAGAUGGACCCAAGGCCCAGGAGCUGAGAGCUCUGGCAGAGAAACACCCUGACAUCAUCAUGGUGAUCAGAAUGGAUGUUGCAGAUCCAAAGAGCAUCCAGCAGGCGGCACUGCAGGUGGGCUCUGUAGUUGGAAAGAGCGGAGUUAAUGUGGUCAUAAACAACGCAGCGGUGGCAUUCUACGGCCCCCUGUGUGAGAGCACCGCGGAGCAGAUGGCAAUCAGCUAUAGCACCAACGUGGUCGGGCCCAUGGUCGUCAUGCAGGAGUUUCUUCCCUAUCUUCGAGCUGCAGCAAAGGCUCAUGGGAAACCAGGGAUGUCCUGUCGCAAAGCAGCAGUGAUCAAUGUCUCCACAUUGGGCAGCUCCAUCGAACGGGCUAAAGAUCAUUACGACCGCUUCAGGUUGGUGCCGUAUCGAGCCAGUAAGGCGGCAUUGAAUAUGCUGAACAUGUGUGCAUCUCUGGAACUACAGAAGGAUGACGUGCUGUGUGUCCUGCUGCACCCAGGAUGGGUGCGCACUGAACUGGGCGGGCCUAACGCGGUGCUAGAUGCCCAGGAGAGUGUGCAGGGGAUGCUGAAGGUGAUGGAAUCUCUGAGUGAGAAGAAUAAUGGAGCUCUGCUGGAUUACAACGGUGACACUAUACCCUGGUGACCCCAAAAAUACAAGCCCUUAACCCCAGUAGCCCUGACCCCUGGACACAUCCACAGACCAGAAGAUGCAAAAGAAUAAAACACUGUAA